GAUGGAGUAAAAUAUUCAAGCCAUAUCUUAUUUUCUACAUUGUGAAAAAUAUAACUUGCAAGAAUGGAUUUCACUGUGAUCAAAACAAUCAUCCGCAUUGCCCUGAAUAUUGUGUCAACCUCCUUCAUCACCAAAUAUGAUCACUUGCCUUCAAUGAUAUUCAGGUUCAUGAUAUGGUGCAAACGUCUGAAAAGGCAUGUAAUACUGGGACACGCUGACAAGGAAGACUACACAUUCAGUUACUUCUCCAGAGGAAAACCUGGGCCUCAACCAUCCAUUUUGAUGCUUCAUGGGUUCUCUUUCAACAAGGAUGUAUGGCUUGAUACACUUGAGCUGUUUCCCCAGGAUCUCCAUGUGGUCUGUGUGGACAUGCCUGGCCAUGGAGAUACUACUCGCCUCCUGCAAGAAAGUUAUACAGCAACUGCUCAGACUAGAAGGAUACAUCAAUUUGUUGAAUGGAUUGGUCUGAACAAAAACCCGUUCCACCUUGUUGGCAUGUCCAUGGGUGGGAUGGUUGCUGGGCUUUAUGCUGCUGAGUAUCCAUCAGAGAUCUGUGCCUUGUCCCUCCUUUGCCCAGCUGGGCUGAGAUAUCCAACAGAAAGUGAGUUCUUUGUGUGCUUAAAAGAGUUGGUGUUCUCCAAGGAUCCUUCAGACAAUACUAUUGUUUCAGUCAGUGAAAAAGAGGGAGAAAAGUUACUCCAGAUUUGUUUGUAUGAUCCCAGCUUUAUAAAGACACAGCUGGUCAAGGGAUAUCUUGAUGACCGGAGGCCACAUAAAAUGUUCUUUGUGAAUUGCUUCUUAGAUGUUUCCAGUGCCCGAUCCAGGUACAGCUUUCAUGACAACUUGAGGAAGAUCAAAGCUCCAACACAGAUCAUUUGGGGAAAGCAUGACAAGGUCUUUGAUUUUUCUGGGGCAGACAUCUUAGCCACCUCCAUUCCCAACUCCCAAGUGCAUUUGUUGGAGAAAUGCGGACAUUUGAUAGCACUUGAGAGGCCCAAGAAAUCUGCUCAGCUCCUCUUGAAAUUCUACAAUUCUUUUCGUGACCUUGCAGACAAGAAAGUGGCAUAAAGGAAGCACUGAAGAUUCAAGCAGCUGAAGAAGUAAAUGCUUCUUAUUUUGCUUAAGCGACUGAAGAGGAAAAGGAAAGGCCCUGAGGCUGUUAGGAAUUGUGGAAGUUGAAGUCCAAAACACCUGGAGGGCCCAAGUUUGCCCAUGCCUGUUCUAUAAUGAAUUCUCUUUGGGAUCAAAGCCACUACAUGCAAGUUUUGUUUUUGUUUUUAACUUGUUAGAUGAGUGUUAUGGGAGAGGAGACAGAAAUGAUGAUUGAAGCUGAUCUACAAAUGCAACUCAAGUGUCAGA